CCGAGUGGAGGCAGAGUGCCGCUACUCCUCUUCCCCACGCCAACGGAGACGCUGAAAACAAGGACCCCCUUGACCGAGGGUGUGUACACGUUUUUUUCCGUCAUAUUUCAAAACUGAUUUCUACAAUCUAGACCGACUAGACGUUUAAAGGAUUUCGGAGGAAAGUGCAAAAAUACGGAUUGAAAAUCAGACGGGUGCCCUGCGCCCUACUGCAUCCUCCCUCUCCACCUCUGUCUCAUCUCUCCUCUUUCUCUGCCUCUACGCUUUUACAAGACUCCUGGCUUCUCCCAUCCCGAAUAUCCUUAGUGACUGAUCACUUAUUACAAAGCCUUGAGCUGCCCUUCUUCUUUUGUCGGAGUUUGAACCCCAUUUCUGUGCUGCUGGAAGUAUACCGCCAGAGCCCCUGAGAGCUGGCUGGACUCUGUAGCUUUCGUCUACCCGAUACAAGCGGAUCAUCGAGGGGACCUUGCGCUGAGUCAAAAGGACUGGAAAUUAUUUAGCCCUCUCACAUCAACGUACCGCAUGGUGGGAAUUUCUGCCUCUUUUCAGUAUCGCACUGGGAAGCGCUCCACCAUGCCCGACUCACCUGCGGACGUCAAGACACAGUCCAGGUUGACCCCCCCUACCAUGCCGCCCCCACCCAGCACGCAAGGAGCACCCCGAAACAGCUCCUACACCCCCACCACAUUAACCAAUGGCAGCAGCCACUCUCCUACAGCGCUUAACGGUGCUCCAUCUCCUCCAAACGGCUACAGCAAUGGUCCUAGCUCCUCCUCCUCAUCCUCUCUGGCCAACCAGCAGCUGCCGCCGGCCUGCGGCGCCCGGCAGCUCAGCAAGCUCAAGCGCUUUCUCACAACUCUACAGCAGUUUGGCAAUGACAUCUCACCUGAAAUCGGCGAGCGGGUCCGCACAUUAGUGCUGGGACUAGUGAAUUCCACACUAACCAUCGAAGAAUUUCACUCCAAGCUCCAAGAAGCCACCAACUUCCCUCUGCGACCUUUUGUCAUACCCUUCUUGAAGGCCAACCUGCCGCUCCUUCAGAGGGAGCUGCUGCACUGUGCAAGGCUGGCCAAACAGAACCCAGCUCAAUACUUGGCCCAGCAUGAGCAGCUGCUCCUGGACACCAGCACCACCUCCCCAGUGGACUCCUCUGAACUCCUGCUGGAUGUCAACGAGAAUGGCAAGAGAAGGACCCCAGACAGAACCAAAGAGAACGGCUUUGAGCGAGAUGGCGCCCUGCACCCGGAUGUUCACCCUAGCAAGCGGCCCUGCACCAUAAGCCCCGCCCAACGCUUCAGCCCAUCCAAUGGGCUCUCCUACCAACCCAACGGAAUGCCCCACCCAGGCCCACUCCCUCCACAGCACUACAGGCUGGAUGACAUGGCCAUCGCCCAUCACUACCGGGACACCUACAGACACCCCGCCUCUAAUCAUCGGGAAAUCCGGGAGCGAGCCAGGCCUAUUGGUAUGCAUACAGGGACCAGGCAGGAAGAAGUGAUUGACCACAGGCUGACAGACAGAGAGUGGGCUGAGGAGUGGAAGCACCUUGACCAUGUAAGAAAACUGCUGAACUGUAUCAUGGACAUGGUGGAGAAGACAAGGCGCUCACUAACAGUACUGCGGAGGUGCCAGGAGGCCGACCGCGAGGAGCUCAACUACUGGAUCCGGCGAUACAGCGACGCUGAAGAGCUGAAGAAGGGCGCCACUAGUGGGCAGUCAAGGCAGCAGAGCCCAGCAGCGCAGGAAAAUGCAACACCAGAAAUUCACAGGGAGCUGCUGCACCGGCCCGUGUCUGGCUACGUCCCUGAAGAGAUCUGGAAGAAAGCUGGUACUGGAGGCUUGACUUCCUCUGUCUCCACACUCUUUCCAGAAGAGGCUGUGAAUGAGGUGAAGCGACAGGCCGUGUCAGAGCUACAAAAGGCUGUGUCAGAGGCCGAGCGUAAGGCUCACGAGAUGAUCAGCAGCGAGCGGGCCAAAAUGGAGCGUACUGUAGCCGAGGCCAAGCGACAGGCUGCCGAGGACGCAAUCUCCAUAAUCAACCAACAGGAGGACUCCAGCGAGAGCUGCUGGAACUGUGGCCGCAAAGCCAGUGAAACGUGUAGCGGCUGCAACACGGCACGCUACUGCGGCUCUUUCUGCCAGCAUAAGGACUGGGAGAAGCACCACCAUGUCUGUGGUCAGACCCUCCAGGCCCAGCAGCAGCAGCAGGCCAGCCAGCAGCAGGGAGGAGUCCCAGGGUCAGAGACCCCCGCUCCCAUCAGCUCCUCCGCCUGCACCCCAAGCAGCGGGACUGGAAGUCCGGCCGCUACCCCGCCUGCUGCUACUCCUCGCUCCUCCACUCCCAGCACUCCGUCCUCCUCUGCCCUGGAUGGCACUCCGCGCUAAGAGACUCACACGGAGGAUGGAGGCAAAGGACACCCCUUAACCCCACAAACAGCAUGACUGUCUACAUUGCCUUGCAGAGAUACUAAGCUAACGUGGC